AUGAAGUUUGGAUGGGACUUAAGGGUUGGUCUGAACAGGCGGCUAUCUUCAUGGAAGAAUUCCGAAGACCCUUCACCUGGAGACCUAACUUAUGGAAUAGAACUUCAUGAAUAUCCUGAGGCAGUUAUGUGGAAGGGGUCAAAAAAACACUAUCGAAGUGGCCCCUGGAAUGGCCUUAGAUUUAGUGGUGUACCUAACUUAAGGCCCAAUCCCUUGUAUAAAUUCGAUUUUUUCUCUAAUGAGGAGGAGGUGUACUACACCUAUCAGUUCACUAGUGAAUCUAUAAUUUCAAGCCUUGUUUUGAACCAAACCACCUCCUUGGCGGAGCGCCAUAUAUGGAUGGAAGCUGAACAGAUCUGGAAGAUUACUUUAUCAAGGCCGCAAGACGAUUGUGACGAUUAUGGUGUUUGUGGCGCCAACGGAAUAUGCAACAUCAUUGCCACACCUGUUUGCCAAUGUUUGAUGGGAUUCAAGCCAAAAUCACCGGCCAGAUGGAAGUUGAUUGACACGUCGCAGGGAUGCAUACGUGAUAAACCUUUGGACUGCAAAAGUGCAGAAGGCUUUAAUAAAUUUGUGAACUUAAAAUUGCCAGAUACUACUAAUAGUUGGGUGAACAAAAGUAUGAACCUUAGUGAAUGCAGGGAUAAGUGCUUAAAGGAUUGCUCUUGCAUGGCUUAUACAAAUUCGGAUAUUAGAGGAACUGGUAGUGGUUGUGCACUAUGGUUUGGUGAUCUGAUUGAUAUCAGACAGUUCCCCACUGGCGGAGACGAUCUGUAUAUAAGAAUGUCUGCUUCAAGCUUAGAAGGGACAAAGAAUGUGACUACAGGGAAAUCGGAUCCUGGAGGAGCAAAAGGUGGUACAAAAUGGAUCAUACCAGUUGUUAUUGUAGCCACCAUUGUAGUAAUUUCUGGGAUUCUAAUCAUGAGCUAUUACACUUGGAAGGGCAGGACAGCAACAGAAGGUAAAAUCUUAAACUACUCACAUGCGCAUUCCCAGAGAACUUGCAAUGGAGUAAAUUUAUGGAAUUUCUAA